GUGACGGAUUUUGGCGUUUCUUAUUUGAGUUUGGUGUUUUCUGCUUUGCUACUCCUUUCUGCUAGAAGUUUGUUUUUGCAAUUUUUGCUUUUACGUAGUUUUAUAAACUUUGUUUGUAUUGAAAAUGAUAUUUUCCAAUAUAUAUUUUCAAGUUAAUCCUUGUUUGAAGUAUUAAAACUGUACGUGAAGCAGUAAAGUCAGAAUUUCUUGUUGAGGUUAAGUUAAAUUAUGGAUAUGCCCGUUAAAACUUUUGCGGCUAUUCUUGUUGCUUGCUUAGCAUUGGUUUAUGUAGUAUUGUUUAGAAAAGACUGUCAUGAUUUUAGAGCUUCUAUACUCAGUCAUCUUGGAACGAGAACACCUUAUCGGUUUGUGCAGAAUUUGGAUGUUUCCGAAAUUCAUUAUCCAGGAUGUGAACCCUUGAAAAUGUGGUCAAUGAUACGACAUGGUAGCAGAAAAGCUAAUGUCAAACAUAUCGAAGGUUAUAGAGAAAAACUGGAAGCUCUUCGAGAAAAAAUACUCCUUUGUUUAUCUCAGAAAAAAUGUGGGCUAUGUGGUGACCUGAAGGAUGAUUUCGAGAAUUGGCAACUAGGGGAAGUCGAUCGCAUAACCUCCAUGGAUCUGGUCCAUGAAGGGGAAGAUGAAAUGCUUCUGCUUGGAGAAAGAAUGCAAAUGCGUUUCCCAAGUAUUCUACCAGAGACUUAUUCCAGGGAUAUCUAUAAGUUUCGUUACACAGCCACCCAACGAACUCAAGCCAGUGCCGAGCAAUUCUCCAUUGGACUGUUUGGCCGCAGGGAGAGUCACCGAGUCGUCUACCCCAAUCCAAUGCAUGUUGAUCCACUUCUCCGGUUUUAUAAACUGUGUGACAAAUGGAAAGAAGAUGUAAGGAAAAGCGGAAGCAGUAAAAUAGAAGCUAAUAAAUUCGCAAAUUCGAAAGCUAUGAACAAAGUCAUGAACAAAAUGAAGAAACGUCUGCAUCUGGACUCAAUAACAUUUGAUGAGUUGUCUACAAUGUACCAAGUAUGUGGCUUUGAAACAGCUGCUAAUCGCACCCACAUAUCUCCUUGGUGUAGAGUUUUCGACGAUGAAGAUAUAGAGGUGCUGGAAUACUCUGAAGAUUUGAAAUACUAUUGGAGAGAUGGACAUGGGUUCGAUUUGAACCACGAGCAGGCAUGUAUUUCCUAUCAAGACAUGGUUGCACAUUUCCAGAGUGACGAACCAACAAAAUCGGUAUUUUAUUUCUCACAUUCUGGAACUUUAUUGAAGAUGUUGUCCUAUUUGAAUCUCUACGAAGACGAAUUGCCCCUACUAUCCGAUAACUUUGAUAAGCAAUCGAAUCGGUUGUGGAGAGUAUCACAAAUUGAUGCGUUCGGCACAAAUAUUGCUUUUGUACUGUAUCGAUGUGGAGAUGAAUUGAAAGUGCUAACCUUGCAUCAAGAGAAACCAGUGACGAUUCCGAAUUGUUCUGAUGAGGAUGAUUUGUGUCCUCUAGACUUUUUCUUAGAGAAACUUGAAGAAUGCAACUUUGAGAGUCUGUGUUCAAUAAGCUGAUGAUUCAGUAAACCAAAGAGAGCGGUGCUUGUACAUAAUGUAAGGCUGGGGAAAUGGAACAAAAUGCUGAUAGUAGCUUCGGGUGAAUUCGACCAUGAUGUCUUGUGUGCACUCAGGCAACUCUCCUACGCACAGUCCCGGUGACCCGCUGUACUUGGUGAAGGGUGGGACUACCGUUUCAGGGGGCAGAAUUGUGUUGUCUUCAAUCAUCGAGCAGUCCUUCAAUAUGCAUCGCCUGCCCUGAAAUUUACGGAACAUCAAUUAAUAAGGAGGUGUUUUGAAGUACACACACAAUAACCAGUAAAACUUGAAAAUAAUCGAAGGUAUAAAAGCUUUGAAAUAUAAUUAAAGAAAAAUUCAAAUUCGAACUAACUGAAGGUGAAACUAGCAUACCAUGGACAAACCUCGAAUUGAAGUGUUUUCAUCAACUACAUUAUACAUUGUACCACGAAGUUACCCUGAUAUAUUAAAAGUAUAAUAAGAAUAUAAAAGUGCCUUAAAUUGAAGAUUCAAAUACUUCAUAACUUAAAUUGAGAUUUAGUCAGAUAUGAACAACCUUCCACAUAUACGUCUUUGAAGUAUGUAAUUGAAGUUUAUCUAUCUACUAUUGAGUAUUUAUUUUUAGUGUUUUAGACUUACUUUGUAGACUAUAUAGUUUCAAAACAUUUCAAGUGUAGUUUAUUUUUAUAGUGAAGGAAAUUCAAGAACAAAUAAAUGCUACAUUGAUGUUUGUAUAAUAUUUUUA